AUGGGUAACAAGAGCAGUGCCAUCUCCGGCUUGGCUCAUCAGCCCAAGCAAGGCGACUAUGCCCUUGUGCUAGACGCGGAAAAAAAGCUCCACACAUUUCCAGGACCGAAAGACGGGGAUCAGGAGUCUCCAGAAAAGGCUUUGAGUUUGGAGGUUGUCAAAUGGCGUGAGCCUUUUCCGGUCUUAGUCCUGACUGUGAGCUCGUCAUCCCUCAAAAGGGACUUCAAAGAGGACAUGGAUGACACGGCCGAUGCACUGCAGUACACUUUCAAGCUGCCAGCCAACUAUCCUGGAGGUCGAGCUGCCCUCCUGAACACAAUUCGUGAGCUGAUCGAUGGCUCAAAUCCCCAUGGCAUCACCGAGACGUAUACUGGCAAGAAGAUGACAAACAAGUUCCUCUUUGAUAAGCGAGCAAAUCGUCUUGGUGAAAAGAAUUUCAAGUGGCAAGACACCAAAGUACAGUACGGUUGCCAUGUCGACUGGGCUCAGUACUCGUCCAAGAUCUUCUUCAGGCUCCGCGCAAAAUCACGCGAGAUGGGGAUCAUCGUUGUAGACAGACACGCCGACGGAUACAAGUUCGUGGUGGGCCAGGAGCGAGGUCUAAUUCAGCAGAUCCGAUUUGCGCAGUUCAUGGCCUUGCCUGCUCGAAUCUGGCUCCAUGUCCAAUACCAACGUCGCAAGGCCGAGUGGCUGGAUUCUCAAGCGUCAAAGGCACAGGCUAGCAACUGUGGAGACGUGGAUAUGCCUGUCUCGAAAGAAGCAGACCGGCCUGUAGCAGAAGAGAGGAACUGUUUGACCCAAGAAGAGGAACAGUAUGCUUCACAGCCCACACUGCAGAGUCAGAUGAGCACUGCAGACAUGGGCCUUGUUGCCGAUGAUAAGGACCAAGUAGACACGCCCGACAACACUGAUCGCACGCCGGAGGGCCAUCUACGCGAAGUCAAGCCGGCAGCCGUAGCAGAGGUUCUGGAGUCUAGCAGUGCAAAGAAGGUCCCGGAAAAAUCUACACCGCAAGGGGAACUUCAGCAACGAGCGGUUAAAGAAAUUGUGAAGUUUUUGAACCCUCUUGCCGCGCCGUGGACCGCCCCUCAGCACAUGCUCGCUCCGGAGUCUGUUGCGACUGUCGCCCGCCGUGGAUGCUCCCAGGAUGUGUCCAACCAGCAGAGCCACCAGGCCAAAGAGACCGCGUCCCCUUCGCCACGUGCCACUGGCAGCAGUCUGGCAGAUCAAUCUCGCAUCCCAGAAGUGCGCGGUUUUUUCUGGGACAUGACUUACCACAGCUUUCUUUGCCAAAAGGAAGGUUGUGAGACACGGGGUAGCUUGUGGGAUGGUCAAUCCGUCAUCUGCCCGUUCUGUGGACCCUAUUCGUAUGUCAGAUACUGCGGAAGGGAACACAUGCGGGAAGACGUACGAGCCCACUGGCCGAAUUGCGGACAGCUCACGAUGAAGGAACCGUGCGUGGCGCUCUCAAUGCCCCCGGAUCUCCUCCGCGAGCCGCCCGCGAUUCCUUGUAUGCAUGGGCGGGACAGACCAGAGCGUCAUCGGCAGGCGCUGUGGUUCAGCACGGCUCGGGGUGAAGGUGAUUACUUCAUCUUCGCCGAUGGAGGGCCUGGUGUUGACGUUGAGUGGGAGCCUGCUGCCUUGCGUGGACGUUGCUCGCUCCGUGUGACGCACGUCGUGCGGUUCGACGACCCUGGCGAGAAGGACCGGUUCCGACGGGUACUUGCAGUGUGCCUGCUGGAAUCCCUUGAGGUCCAGCCGCUGGUAGGGUACCUGUUCCGGAUGCUGCGCGACAGGCUCCGGUCCGAACAGCAGUGGUCGCCCGAGCUGGACGUGAAGAUCCGGCGUCAACUGACAUGGGAGUUCGCAAUAUGCCCCGACGCUCGUGAUAUUGGCCAGCGACACGCUUGCGAGGCCGAGUGGCUUGGUCUGCCACCCCGUACUUGCCGUGACCGGACGUGUGAAGCAGAGCGACCAAGCCUGCUAGGCAGACCUAACUGGUCGCGUUGGUUCGAACGCAUUGUAUCCAACGAGGAAGCUAGCCAUUGGAUACUUCGCGCGAAUCGGACCACACACCCCGUGGUCAAAGGGGUGCAGGCCAGGGUCAGAGGCGAGGGGUUUGACCAUGUUCCAGUUGAGGAGAGGCGGCUGUUCCGGCGUGGUGAGGGUUGGGAUGGUUUGGGGUCUGGGCCUUGGGAGUGGGAGGGAGAUUGUGAGCUUAUGUCGACGCCGAUGUGA